AUUAAUAAAAACUACAAUAAUAUGUCAAUGAUCCUGAAAUAACAAUGUUUUCUAAUGUUAGCUGGACCUUAUAAAGUGUUGCCAUUAUAAUCUAUAGAGUCAAAACUGUAAUGGUGUCUAAUAACUGCCUGAAUCUUUCUGAGAAACUAUUUUUUUUCCAGAAUUUGUACUUAAACUAAUUAAAACUGAUUGAUGGGGAAAUGUGUGCGCUGGUCACUUCAGCUGAGUUUAGUGUAGAAAUUGUCCAUCCCAGCAACAUGCAUAUAUUUUUGUACUUCCCUUUCCUGUUCCUCAAUAAAAUGUUCUUGAUUUUGCAGUUGUCUACAGCUGUUUUCUGUGAAGCUUUGUGUCUUCAGUUCACACAUUAACACGCACUGUAUGUUUCAUCAUCUGUCAUCAUGGAGUUCAGGCUUCUUCCUCUAGUGCUCUUUGUGAUUUCACACAUCUGCUCUGGACAGACGCAAGAGAAGCUGAAGCCGGUGUUGAGCGUGUCUCCUGACGGGCCCCUGGCAUUCCUCGGCGGCUCCGUGAUCCUCACGUGUGUCCUGCUGGAGGUCAAUGUGACGUUCAGUUGGUUCUGUCACGAUUCUGAAGUUCACCGAUCUCAACACAACCAGUUCAUCAUUCAAGACGUUCAGAAGUCACACAGCUGCACGUACAGAUGUUACGGCUCAUUCGAACACUGGCCGCGAUUCUCCUACUGGAGUAACGCCGUGAAUCUCACCGUCAUCCGGAGGCCGAAGGCGUCAGUGAACGUAACGAUCACUGGAAACACUGCGAGUCUCACCUGUGAUAUUCAGCCCAGUGGAGACACAGAAUGGACGUUCAGCUGGUUUAAAGAUGCUUCACUUGUUCCUGUUCACACUGAGAGACUGUUCACAUUCACAUUAGACAAGUCUCACAUGGGGAACUACAGCUGCAGAGGAGAAACCAGACCAAACCAGACCAGACCAGACACACUGAGAUCAGACAUGAGUGAUGCUGUUACACUGACCACAGGUCGGUCUGGUUCAGAAGCGUCGCUGUCGGUUCUCAAGCUGUCGAGUUUUCUGCUGGCGGUUUGUCCGUAUCUGCUGGCGUCCGUCAUCCUGGCACUCAAAUGCUGCAGAUCUCACGCUCGGUCUGAUGGGAAAAUGAGCCUGUGUGCUGUCACAGAGAAUCUGCAUGAUCCUGUCUCAUGAUUUUGUGUUUUAUGUCUAUUUGUGUGUGAUAUUCAUUAGACUCUCUUUAUUUUUAUAUUUAUAACAAUAAAAUGUUUACAUAUGUU